AUGAACAAAAUACGCAGAAAUGUCUUGGGAUCGGACAUGUCUGAAACGAAGGACUUGCGUAGACUUACCACGAUCAUUCCAGAUCGUCUGUACCUGGCGACGUAUUCGACGCACCGCCGCCAUCCGGACACACCCGGACUUCACUUCUUCAGCACCGACUACAAUUACUGGGAUGACGACUUGGCGCCCCACGAACCUCUAAACUUGGGCUGCUUGGUACAGUACAUCCGUUAUUUGAACGACAAAAUGUACAACCGCCGGUACGUGUCGAAAGCUAUUGUACAUUACACUGUCGAAAAUUCCAGAGAAUAUAACGACGCGGCGUUCCUCAUCGGUGCUUAUGCGAUUGUCGUAAAACAAAUGGACCCAUUAACUAUUCAUUCGAUACUGAAGAAUAGCAACUAUUGCGUUAACGGAGUGGAUUCGAUUUUCGGUCUAGGCAAGAACGAUUAUGGAAUUAACUUACACGAAUGUUUGAAUGUCGUGUACAAAGCGAUGAAGUACAGGAUAGUAAACUUCAACGAUUUCAAUUUCCAAGAGUACGACAAUCAGUGUCUUGACAUGACAUGGAUAGUACCCGACAAGUUAGUCGCUUUCCGCGGUCCGAUCGAAUGCGACAACACUGCAGUGGGGCCGGGCCGAAACAUUCUGCUGCAGAAUUUCAUUAAAUACUUUAGGGAAAAUAACGUCAAGACAGUGAUCAGACUGAACGAUACAGAAUACAAAAGUUAUGGUUACAGGUUUUCAGCUGCCAAUAUUAAUCAUGUUGAUUUAUGUUUCAAAGAUGGUUCGGCGCCAACUGUCGCGAUUUUGAAAACGUUUCUACAAAUUUCCGAACAGACACCUCACGCCAUAGCAGUGCACUGCAAGGCCGGUCUGGGAAGAACAGGAACGUUAAUCGGGGCCUACCUGAUACAGCACUAUCGGAUGACGGCAUGCGAAGCAAUCGCUUGGGUACGGUUGUGCCGUCCGAGAUCCAUAAUCGUGAAAUCGCAACAAUCGUUUUUGGCGCGCAACGAAAGAAUGUUGUGGAAAAAAGGAGAUGCACUUCGUGAUCUUGAACAAUUUCCACUAGGCGAUGUGACGAUAGUUGGAGAAAGAGGAAUAACUAGUGGAGGACAAAGAGCUAGAAUUAAUUUGGCGAGAGCUGUGUACAAACAAGCAGAUAUUUACUUACUUUAUGAUCCCCAUUCCGCUGUUGAUUUUAGAGUUGGCAAGCAUUAA